CACCUCCAGCAGCCUCCCUGAGCACGCGCAGGCCGCCGUUCACUUGGCCAUUCCUCUCGUAGCUUAGCGUCUGACGAGACUUGCACGAUGGACGCUGCUCCUGCGCCUCUGCUCGUCUCCAUCCUCUGCCUGCUGGCGGCUGCCGCGCCGCCGGCGGCGUCCGCGGCGCGGGCCUUCUUCGUGUUCGGCGACUCCCUCGUGGACAACGGCAACAACAACUACCUGCUCACCACGGCGCGCGCCGACGCGCCGCCCUACGGCAUCGACUUCCCCACGCACCGCGCCACGGGGCGCUUCUCCAACGGGCUCAACAUCCCCGACAUCAUCAGCGAGCACCUCGGUGCUGAACCUGCGCUGCCGUACCUGAGCCCGGAGCUCCGAGGGGAGAAGCUGCUCGUCGGCGCCAACUUCGCGUCGGCCGGCGUCGGGAUCCUCAACGACACGGGGAUACAAUUCGUGAACAUCAUCCGGAUCGGCGACCAGCUGCAGUACUUCCGGGAGUACCAGCGGAAGCUGAGGGCCCUCAUCGGCGAGGAGCAGGCGGCGCAGCUGGUGAACCAGGCCCUGGUGCUCAUCACCCUCGGCGGCAACGACUUCGUCAACAACUACUACCUGGUGCCCAUGUCCGUGCGCUCGCGCCAGUAUGCGCUCCCGGACUACGUCCGCUUCAUCGUCUCCGAGUACCGCAAGAUCCUCUUGAGGCUGUACGAGCUGGGCGCGCGGAAGGUGAUCGUGACGGGGACGGGGCCGCUGGGGUGCGUGCCGGCCGAGCUGGCGCUGCACAGCCAGAACGGCGAGUGCGCCACGGAGCUGACGCGCGCCGUGAACCUCUUCAACCCGCAGCUGGUGGACAUGGCGCGGGGGCUCAACCGCGAACUCGGCGCCGACGUCUUCGUCACCGCCAACACCCUCCGCAUGAACUUCGACUACAUCAACAACCCGGAGAGAUUCGGGUUCACGAACGUGCAGGUGGCGUGCUGCGGGCAGGGCCCGUACAACGGGAUCGGGCUGUGCACGCCGGCGUCCAACGUGUGCAACAACCGGGACGUGUUCGCCUUCUGGGACGCGUUCCACCCCACGGAGAGGGCCAACCGCAUCAUCGUCGGCCAGUUCAUGAACGGCGACACGGACUACAUGCACCCCAUGAACCUCAGCACCAUCCUCGCCAUGGACCGGGAGGGGCUCUAGAUUUUUUUUCUAGCGUCAUCAGCCGGCCGGCCACGAGUUUAUAUACGUACAUGUCACGUGCCGAUCGAGCACACUAUGUCCUGCACGGUGGCAGCAUAAAUUUGAUUGGUGUCGUGACACAAUUGAGUUUGACAGUGUUUUCCUUGAUCUGUCAUGGAUUUAACGGGAAUUAGUAAUUGGUUGGGAUUGGUACUUUCGAGUUAUGCAUUGUGCUGUGGUGCCUAA